AUGCUGUCGUCCCUGAAGACCCUGCUGCUGCUCUCGGUCCUGUGCGCACCGACCUCCAGCCUGUGCCUGCGCCUCUACCAGAGCCGCGCCGACCUGCUCUGCGACGACCAGCUGGCGGUCGGGCUCCGGAGCGACGAGACGGAUCCGGGUUACUCUCCUGUGGACGGCUGGGGGUCCCUGCUGCAGUCCGAGGAGUAUCUCGCCCCUUCCUCCUCCUCCUCCUCCUCUUCCUCUUCCUCCUCCUCAUCUGCUGAGUCCAGUCGGGAAAAAAGGACUUCAAGUCCCGCAAACUACCGCUUCAUGAGCCGGACCAAGCUCAGAGGGCAGAUGCUCCGCAACAGCAGCAAAGGAGACCGGCGGAGCAGACUGACGCUGUCCCUGGACGUCCCGACCAACAUCAUGAACGUCCUCUUCGACGUGGCAAAGGCCAAAAACCUGCGCGCCAAGGCGGCGGAGAACGCGCGUCUCCUGGCGCAGAUUGGACGGAGAAAAUGA